AUCACAGUUCCUUUAAAUAUUUCCAACACAUUACACCUUCCAUUUGAUAAUAUUCACUACUUUUUAUGUUACAUUCAGUUAUUAAUAGUCAACCACUGCUGCCUUCACCACAAAAUGGAGCCAUACACCACAAGAAAGUACUACCUAGAGAUGAAGAUGUAAAAUUAUCCCAUAUAAAGCAAGAACGGAUGCGCAGUCCUGUGCCGGAUUUUGCCAUGUCACAUUUCCUUAACGAUGAAAUAAGUUACUUAUAUUGGUUUCAAGACAUUGAAGAAAAUUUGCAAUUGUAUCCUCAAUUUAAUCCAUAUUUUGUCCUUGAUAAAAUCCCCCUACUGGGAUACACUUUGGAUUAUCAAGAUAAAGUAAAGAAAGCCACUGCUAAAUGCAUAGAAAAUCCCGACGUUAAUCAAUAUUUGAAUUUUCAAUUGUACAAUUCUAUAAACCAAUCAUUACAUUAUUUAGUGGGGGAUAAAACCUUUAUUGAAAAUUUUGAGGCAAUAAAGUUUCACUUUCACCAAACAAUAAACCCAUUCUACUUGAUGACAUUAGAACACCAAUUAAGUUUUGAUUUGAAUAACAUAUUGAAAUUUUUGACGGAUUUAGAUAAUUUGACAAAAGUAUACACACUCACAUUCCAAAGACCUCCAACUAAUGAAUUGAAAUUGGAGUGGAUUAUGAGAUGCUUGAAUCAUUAUAGUGACAUAUCACGAGAGAUCCAAUUGAACUGGGAACAGAUUAAUAAAGAUCCAAUAUUGAUUAGAAGGAUUUUGACGAAAUAUGCCAAUUCAAGGAUGAAACUUAGGAAACGGAUUUAAACUGUAUUAUUUAGGGAAUUUUUUAUAGAUGUUAGUAAUGUACAAUUAUAUUG